CGGCUUACGGAUUUAAAUUGUAGUGUCAGUUCAUAAGUCAUUAUCUCACAUACAAAUUAUAGCUUGGUUUUAUAAACUGCAUGUGCGCUAAUAUCUAUUUAAUACGGUAAUAAAAUAUAUUAGGUACCACGAUAUCUACUCCGAGAGACUUUUGCCAAACAGCGCCUAUCUACUACGGAGCAAGCCACAUCCCAUAUCGAAAGAAUAUUAUAAAUACCAUAAUAUAAUUUACACAACUGAAAAACAAUAUGGUUGUCCUGUCACAUGCAGUCGUCUCUGUGUUCACUCUUACGGUGCUGUUGAUUGUUUUUAACUUUGAUGUCACCCAAUCGGCAGAUACCAUCAAGGCCUAUAAGACCUGUCAAGAGUGCAUUGAUUCUACAUGCCACAAGGAAGAUAAACAUCCAUGCGCCCAAACCUUAGAUGGUACUGUGUUAUGUUUCAAGUGUGAACGAAGUCCUGAAGGUGACGAACAGUUCCACAGUAAAACAGAAUGCGAGAACAAUUGUCAGGACAAGUCAAAGUGCACGUGUGACUAUUCGUGUUGGGUAUGCGUUAAACAUGGCAACGCGACUGCAAUGUGUUGCGACAUGCCGAAAAAAGUGUAUGAUGAUACUUGCAAAGAGGUUCCGUACAAUCCUUAAUGAGAUCAAGUAAAAACGUAAUUUCAAUUAUAUAUUAUAUACAUUUAAUAUUUAUAAAUCCAAUCAUUACAACGACAUCAUGGUUUAUGAAAUUAACAUAACUAUUUCGCAUACGAUUUUAGCCGCUUCAAUGAAUUUUUGUCAACUGUUCACUGUCAAUUUGUUUGUCGUUAAAAAAAAAU